AUGGCCGGUAUGUCCAACUACGCACUUCGCAUGGCCCGACUAAGUGCUCAAAUAUUUGGGGAUGUCGUACGUCCGACCGAUUGCAAGUCGAUGAAGGUGGUACGACUUUUCGAGGAGCCUCCGAUGGCCAAGAGGAAGGAAGUGUAUGACUGGUACCCACAACACCAGAUCUACUAUGCCAUGACUCAAAAGCUGAGGUUCUUGGGACUGUUCAGGGAUGAGCAUGAAGACUUUAAGGAGGAGAUGCGUCGCUUGAGGAAGCUGAGAGGAAAAGGUGUACCAAAGAAAGGCGAAGGAAAGAGAGCAACUAAGAAGAAAUGA